GUAAAUGGGAAUAGUAAUGCAACGCAAUUAUACGGAACUGUUCCACGACAUCAUCCAUAUUCUGAGUCUGUUGUGUCUGAAGUACAAGAUGUACAGUCUCAAAUGAGUAAACAAUAUAGUGAUGGUGUUUCAAAUAUUUUAUCAUAUGGGUCUGUAAACGAAAGUUAUGAUAAUGAAGCUCCUUAUAAUGAUUAUGUAAAUUAUCGACACUCUGGAAAAGGUAAACCAGACGAAAUGUUGUCUGUUACAGGUGGAUCUCAAUCAAGUGAUUAUCCUAUUAUUCAACACGGUCAAAACGAUCGUAAAGGUAGACAUCCUUCUGAGAUAUCAAAUUCCAUAAAUGAGCGUAGACCGAAUUCUCCUAUAUAUGCAAAUACUAAAACACAUCGUCGUAAGAAGCAUCAUGAGUCAUCAACGAAUACUGUCCAACCAAAAGAUAAUUACACUUAUGAUCCGAAUACGAGAAUAAGCAAUUUGUCAUCUAGUCAUAAGCCUCCUGUAGGUGGUGUGCCAGUAUUCGGAGGUGUAAUGCUUCCUAAUAAUCACCAUAAUCAGGAAGCAGAUAGGUUGAAACGAUCUGAUCAACUGCGCCCUUUGAAUUCCCCUCAUUUUAAGAAGAAACAACAAUAUCAUUCAGAAGAGAAUGAUGAUGAACAAACUGUAACGCUCACUGAAGAUAAGGCUGAUCAUAAUCAAUACAAAUCCAGUUCUAAACAUCGAAAACAAUUACAGACCGAUCAUUACAGUGCAGUAUCUAAUCAUAAUAGACCUAGACAUUCCGGACGAUCACAUCGAAGACAAUCAGGAAAUGUAGAAGGCAUGUUAUAAUUCGAAGAAAACCCACCAUGUAACAAACUUUAUUAUCUGGUCGUCGUUCUCUUCUAUUAUACAUACUCAGCGUGGGGCUUCCAUUUUUGUGAAAACAUAUUUGAUCCUUUCCACAAUUUUUAUUUGUUAUGUGAUUGUUAACAGGUUUUUUUUUAAUAUUUUACCCUCUGUGAUUUACAUAACAAUUAUUCAAACAAUAUUUGAGACUUUUUUUCGCACUUAUCCAUUCAUACGUAGUAUACACACGCACACUUACUUAUUGUACCACCCACUAUACAUUUAUUGUCCUUUACAUAUUAUUUUAUGCUUAUUAUGAUUACUGUUUUUCUCUUUGAGUAUUUUUUCCAUUAUCUCAUUCCACUUUUUUAUCAAGUUAGCGUUGAUGAUUUACUCAUGCAUACAUAUCAUUCUUAUAUAUACGGAAAAUUAUUAUCCGUUUUUAAUUUCUCUAAAUUUGUUAUUUGUACAUGGUUUUAUUUUUAAACCCAACAUACCAUAUAUUCAUUUAUCUAGUAGAUUGUUCUCAAGACUAAAUUAUAUAUAUACGGCGUAAUUUUUGUAGCUCCCUAUUAUUAAUUCUUAACCCUCCGGACAGUAUACAUCUGUUUAAUUUAACGAUAUCGUUUAACAAUAAAAGAAUUACUUACUUC